AUGUACUCCACUUUCUCCGCCAACUUCGAUACGACGAAUGCCUCCCGUGAGAGAUCAGCGCCCAUCACAGCUCCACGCCCUAAACGCAACCAGGUCGCUCGGGCUUGUGACUGGUGUCGGCUCAAUCGUGUCAGAUGCGAUGACAAGCAGCCAUGCCAGAACUGUCUGAAUCGAGGAGGCACCUGUAGCAACACAAAGCCACAGGAGGCCACCUCGCUCCCAGCUGCAAACCGAGAAAUGCAACGAUUACGAACUAAAGUCAAGGACCUUCAGGAUCAGAUCGAGAAACUCAAAGAUAGAGCGGAAAUCCAAGUACAGACGGGUUUCGCGACGCCCCCACUGUCGGAUGUUGCACGCAGCGCUUUUGACUUCGCGGAGCUCACCAAUACUACGGAAGGAUGGCAAGGUGUCCAGCAGACGGGGCAGAUCCACUACGGACCCUUGUCAUCCUCAUAUUUUGUCUCCCGAAUCACCCGCCAUCUCUCCGAAGCACUGGAUGAACCAUUGGAAAACUCCAAAUUAGAGGCAUGCGUGGCACGCUUUCAUUAUAUUGCCCCGACCCAUGAACCGUCUAGAUGGGAUGCAAGCCCGGCUAGCCAGGCAGAUCAGAAUCUAGACGGAAACGAAGUGGCCGAGGAUCUGACUCGGUCACAAGAGGAACACUUUAUCAAUCUGCUCUGGCAGUCCUUUCAUUGUGUCUAUCCUAUCCUCUCCGAACGCGAGUUCCAGCAACAUUAUGAGUCAUUAUGGUCCAGUUCCACGCCUGAUGGAAUACCUACGCGAAAGCCAUCCGCCUUGGUCGAUGUACUAUUGGCAGUCUGUAUGCAGUACAGCAGCACGUUCUUCGUCAGUGGAGACAACCAACAUGAGGAAUCGGAUGCAGGAUGGCAGGCCAAAAACGCGAAUUUAACCAGUCGAAUUUAUUACCAGAGAGCCCAGAGGCUUCUGCAGAGCGAGCUCGAAAAUCCAACCGUUAUGCUCGUGCAGAGUCACAUUUACUCGAUCGUCUACUUGUACAAUACCUCCCUGCUAAAUACGGCGCAUAUUAAUUUGGGUGCCACGCUGCGGAUUGCCCACGCGCUGCGGCUGCAUAUCCGCCCGCUGGACGGGACCUCGCCCGAACAGCAGGAGCUACAGCGCCGGAUUUGGUGGACGCUCUAUCGGAUUGAUAGCCAGCUCUCGAUGACCCUGGGUCGGCCGCCACUCAUUCAGCUGUCCCAUGUCAGCUGCGGGCUGCCCGGAGAUGAUCGCGAGCACGCCCGGCUAUCCGGCACAGUCCUUCUCUCAAAUCAUGAGGACAUCAGCUGGCUCAGCUUCCAUGUCCAGUGCACGAAACUCACAUUUCUCAUUCAGGGAGUACAGACAGCAUUACACCGGAAAUGUUCCCAGUUGUUGAACGGGGAUAAGUCGAAAGAUAUAUAUGAUGACCAGCCCCUGCUCGAGACCUUGGCCGAGUUUCUGGAGUCGGAGAUGACAGUUAUCCAUAACUGGGUUCAAAAUGUGCCGCAGUCGCUGUGUAAUCCUCGCAAGGGGGCGGGGGACCCCUUCUCCACCAAUCGGGACGCGCUGAAUCUGUCUCCGUAUAGCCCGCUCUGGCUGCAGCGUCAACGCCUCUUACUAGAGCUCCACUAUCACCAUCUUGUGAUCUCGACACUACGUCCCUUUAUCAGAUUCCCUCCCGUGAGCUCCUCCAUAACCCCACGGACCGACGGUCACAAUAUCACCUGUUUGAAUCACGCCAUGGCGAUCACCAGUAUCCUAAACCAAGUAUUGUCCGAAACGGAUCUCUUACGUGGCUGGUCGCCCAUCUUCCAGUACCAAUGGGAUGCCAUCCUGUGUACUCUGGGAUUUGUGCUCGCCAAUGCCGUGUGCCCCCCGACGCCUUCUGCGCGUAAGUCGCUGCAGACGGCAGUUCGCACGCUGGACCUCGUGAGUGAUCACUUCCUGGCAGCCAAAAACGCGGCGCAGGUCGUCCGCGAAGUCAGUUGCCAGGCCGAUCGGCUCAUUGCCAAUGUCCAACAAGGUCUGACCAGACGACAAGUGCCGCGUGCCAGUCAGCCGUUAUCUACCAGAUCCCAGAAUUCUAGGCCGUCGUCAAACCAGCCCUUGUUCGUCAUGCCCGCACAACCUGGGGUCCAGGCUAACUUGCUCAAGCGGGCGCUGCCACCGACCACUCUGGAGGCGUCGUCCCAUCAGCCAAUGCCUAACUUUGAAGCGCGCAUGCAUUUAAUUGACAUGAUGCCGAUUGGGUCAUUAUCAGAAAUAUCUCCUUCUUUCGGGACGACGGAAUCUCUGUCCGGUGUGAUGCCCUCGGUCACAUCUGCCGACAUGGUCACCGGCACUGAAGCCCAGUGGCUACAUGCAAGCGCGAUGAUAAUGGACCCCUGGACAACUAACUCAUGA